UUGCUCCUGGCAUUACUGGAAUCAGGUUCUGAUUAUCUGAGAAUGCAUUUCUCCAUUUUACAGAAGGCAACUGAGGUUCAUGGAGAUAGUGAUUUGGCCAACGUCACAGGCCCAGUAAAAGGGAUUAAAAAUCCAGGUCUGCCUGAUCCUAAACAGGAAAUUCUGCCUAGUGUCUCGCUGUGGCUUGUUAGGGAUCCUGGGGUACCCUUCAGGAUCUUAGCUCUGAAGGAAAAGCAUUCCUCUCCGAGGGGACGGCCUAUAUUACCAAGGGGGUGUGGCCAGAUGCCUGAGGGGGUGUGGCCAGGGCCUGGGGCGGUCAGAGCCGAAAGGGCGGGGCGGCAGCAGCCGGCGUCUAGGUAACUUCAGCGCCUGCGCAGAGCCUCCCCAGCCCCGUCCUAGGCUGGGACUCUAGCGAGGCUUCGGCUCGGUUUUGACCGCACCGCCCGCGUAGGUCGCUUCGGUCGGGUUCCACGCCCGGCUUGACCAUGAGCCGGUGCGCCCAGGCGGCGGCCGUGGCGGCCACAGUGCCAGGUGCCGGCGUCGGGAACGUGGGGAUACGGCCGCCCAUGGUGCCCCGUCAGGCGUCCUUCUUCCCGCCGCCGGUGCCAAACCCCUUCGUCCAGCAGACGCAGAUCGGCUCCGCGAGGCGGGUCCAGAUUUUCCUUCUUGGGAUUAUCCUGCUUCCAAUUCGUGCCUUAUUGGUUGCGUUAAUUUUAUUACUUGCAUGGCCAUUUGCUGCAAUUUCAACAGUAUGCUGUCCUGAAAAGCAGACCCACCCAGUAACUGGUUGGAGGAGGAAAAUUACUCAAACAGCUUUGAAGUUUCUGGGUCGUGCUAUGUUCUUUUCAAUGGGGUUUAUAGUUGCUGUAAAAGGAAAGGUCGCAAGUCCUUUGGAAGCACCAGUCUUUGUUGCUGCCCCUCAUUCAACAUUCUUUGAUGGAAUUGCCUGUAUUGUAGCUGGGCUACCUUCUAUGGUAUCUCGAAAUGAGAAUGCACAAGCCCCUCUGAUUGGCAGACUGUUACGGGCUGUGCAACCAGUAUUGGUGUCCCGUGUAGAUCCAGAUUCCCGAAAAAACACAAUAAAUGAAAUAAUAAAGCGAGCAACAUCAGGAGGAGAAUGGCCCCAGAUACUAGUUUUCCCAGAAGGUACUUGUACUAAUCGUUCCUGUUUGAUUACUUUUAAACCAGGAGCCUUCAUCCCAGGAGUUCCAGUGCAGCCAAUCCUCCUCAGAUACCCAAACAAGCUGGAUACUGUGACCUGGACAUGGCAAGGAUAUACAUUCAUUCAGCUUUGUAUGCUUACUUUCUGCCAGCUCUUCACAAAGGUAGAAGUUGAGUUUAUGCCCGUUCAAGUACCAAAUGAUGAAGAAAAAAACGAUCCUGUCCUUUUUGCCAGUAGAGUCCGGAAUUUAAUGGCAGAAGCUCUGGGAAUACCAGUAACAGAUCAUACCUAUGAAGAUUGCAGAUUGAUGAUUUCAGCAGGACAGCUAACGUUGCCUAUGGAAGCUGGGCUGGUGGAAUUUACUAAAAUUAGUCAGAAAUUGAAAUUAGAUUGGGAUGGUGUUCGUAGGCAUUUGGAUGAAUAUGCAUCUAUUGCGAGUUCCUCAAAAGGAGGAAGAAUUGGAAUUGAAGAAUUUGCCGAGUAUUUAAAGUUGCCUGUUUCAGAUGUCUUGAGACAACUUUUUGCACUCUUUGACAGGGCAGGUCUUGGAGAUGUUUGGGGUUUGGUUCCAGAUCACUGCAAUAAAGGGAGUAUCACAAUAAGUGAGCCAUAUGCAGUUUUUGGUUUUCCACUGCAUAGAAAAGUUUAUUUAUAGUAUACAGUUGCCUAGUGAGUAUGCAAUAGUAUUAUAUCUAAAUAAACAAUGUAUAUACCUUAAUUUAGAAAUACUUGACUGCUAAAAAAAUGUGAGAAAUCAUCCGAGCCUUCAGCAAGUUGUAAUCUCCUUGCUGGUGGAUUAUCUUGCCCCAAUGUUGAUGCCUGCUAACUGAUCAGGAUGAUAGUUGCUGAAGGUUGGGCUGGUUGUGGCCCAACCACAAGUUUGCUGCAUUGAUAGACUCUUUCUUGCAUGUAAGAUUUCUUCAUAGCCUGGGUGCAGUGGCUCAUAUCCGUAAUCCCAGCAGUUUGGGAGGCCAAGGUGGAUGGAUCACCUAGGGUCAGGAGUUCGAGACCAGCCUGACCAAGAUGGUGAAACCCUGUCUCUUCUAAAAAUAUAAAAAUUAGCUAGGCAUGGUGGUACAUCCCUGUUAUCCUAGCUGCUUGGGAAGCUGAGGCAGGAGAAUUGCUUGAAGCUGAGGCAGGAGAAUUGCUUGAAACUGGGAGACAGAGGUUGCAAUGGACCAAGAUCGCCCCAUUGCACUCCAGCUGGUGCAACAAGAGCAAAACUCCAUCUCCUAAAAAAAAAAAAAAAAAUUAUUUGUAGUAUUUGAUGCCAUUUGAUAGCAUUUUCCCACAGUGUAACUUCUUUCAAAAUUGCAGUCAGUCAUCUCAAAACAUGUCAUUGCUUUAGCAAUUUAGUUCAUGUAAUAGUCUAAAUCCUUUGUUGUCAUGUUUUUACAGUGUUCAUAGCAUCUUCAUCAGGCAUAGUUUCCAUUGCAAUAAACCACUUUCUUUGGUAAUCCAUAAUAAGCAACUUCUUAUCCAUUCACGUUUUAUCAUGAGAUUGCAGCAAUUCAGUCACAUCUUCAGGCUCCAUUUUUAAUUCUAGCUUUCUUGGUAUUUCUACCAUAUCUGCAGUUACUUCCUCCACUGAGGUCUUGAACCCCUCAAAGUCAUCCAAAAGGUUGCAAUUGGCUUCUUCCAAACUGUUGUUAAUAUUGAUAAGUUGACCUCCUUCCAUGAAUCAUGAAUGUUCUUAAUGGCUUCUAAAAUGGUGAAUCUUUUCCAAAAGGUUUUCGAUUUACUUUGCCCAAAUCCAUCAGCAGAAUCACUAGCUAUGGAAACUGUAGCCUUGUAGCAUUUCCUUAUGGCAGCUCUAGCCUUACAAUAUUUCUUAAUAGGAUUUCAAAGUCGAAAUUACUCCUUCAUCUAUGGGUAGCAGAAUGGAUGUUGUGUUAGCAGGCAUGAAGACCAUAUCAUCCUCCUUGUACAUCUCCAUCAGAGCUCUUGGGCAAUUAGGUGCAUUCUUAAUGAGCAGUAAUGUUUUAAAAGGAAUCUUUUUUUCCUAAGCAGUAGAUCUCAACAAUGUUCUUAAAAUAAUCUUUAAAUCAUCCCACGAACAAAUGUGCAGUCAUCCAGGCUUUGUUCUUCCAUUUAUAAAAAACAGAGUAGACUUAACAUAAUUUUUAAGGGCCCUGGAAUUUUCAGAAUGGCAAAUCAUUACAGAAUAUGGUGGGGACAUGCAGAUCAGGACAGAAGACAGGGAAAUAGGAAGGAAAAUGAAACAGGGACAAAGAAUGAAGUUUAUAGAACAUCUUAGACAUUGUGCUCAUCAUGAUUUUUAAUCAAAAUUAAAAUUUAAAGUCACCAGCUGUAUUCUCCCCUAACAAAAGGAUCAGCGUGUCUUAAGCUUUGAAGCCAGACAUUGACUGACUUCUCUCUAGUUAUGAAAGUCCUAGAUGGCAUUUUCUUUCAUUAAAAGACCAUUUCAUCUACACUGAAAAUCUUCACCAAUGAUCUUAGCUAGAUUUUCUGAAUAACUUGCUGCAGCUUCUCUAUCAGCACUUGCUGCUUUACCUUGCACUUUGUUGUUGUGGAGACAGCUUCUUUUCUUAAACCUCAUGAACCAACCUCUGCUAGCUUUAGUCUUUUCCUCUGCAGCUUCCUCACCUCUCUCAGCCUUCAUAGAAUUGAAGAGAGUUGGAGCCUUGUUCUGAAUUAGGCUUUGGCUUAACAAAAUGUUGUGGCUGCUUUGAUCUUCUAUUCAGACUAUUCAAACUUUCUCCAUAACAGCAAUAAGGUUGUUUUAUUUUCUUAUUUGUGUGUUCACUAGGGUAGCACUUUUAAUUUUCAAGAACUUUCCUUUGCAUUCACAACUUGGCUGUUUGAUGGAAGAAGCCUAGCUUUUGACCCAUCUGGGGUUUUGACGUGCCUUCCUCACUAAGCUUAAUCAUUUCUAGCUUUUCAUGUGAAGUAAGAAAUGUGCAACCAUUUCUUUCACCUGAAUACUUAGAGGUUGUCAUAGAAUUAUUACUCGGCCUAAUUUCAAUAUUGUUGUUCAGUAUCCCUCCAGUGAACAGGGAGGGACCAUGGAGAGUAAGCAAGACUGGGAAUGACCAGUCAGUCCAUGUAACAAUCAGAAUACACACAACAUUUAUCAAUUAAGUUUUCCAUCUUACAUGGGCAGAGUUUGUAGUGCUCCAAAACAAUGAUAAUAGUAGCAUCAAAGAUCACUGAUUAUUGAUCACCAUAGCAGACAUAAUAAUAACAAACACUUUUUGAAAUAUUAGGAGAAUUACCAACAUGUGACACGAAGGCAGGAAGUGAACAUGUACUGUUGGAAAAAUGGUGCUAAUAGACUUGCUCAUGCAAGUUUGCUACAAAUCUUCAAAUUGUUAAAAAAAAAAAUACAUUAUCUGUGAACUGCAGUAAAGCAAAGAACAAUAAAAUGAGAUAUGCCUGUAUAUAGAAUUCUGAGUUGACUGUCCUUUUCUUUCUACAGUUCAAUAAUAUCUUACUUUAAUAUGGCCCCCAUGGUUUUGCAGCCUUACUAGUUCUUCAAGUUUCGACGUUUCUCACCAAUCCUUCUCCUAUGCUAUUUUGUCCAGAGGUAGUUGCUUUUUGUAUUUUGUUCAGAGUUUCUAGUUAUAGUCAAGAAUGAGAGGCUGGCUAAAGAUUCCAUCCAUCUUGGCAUGUAGCAAAAGUUCCAGUUUUAUAUUUACUAUUGGAAAAAAAUAGUUUGUAUAAAAAAACAUGGCUUCAUGACCAAAAUAACCAGUGCUUUUUUCUUUUUUCCCAGAGCACACUAAAUUCUUCUUUUUUUUUUAAUUGCAUUUUAGGUUUUGGGGUGCAUGUGAAGAACAUGCAAGAUAGUUGCAUAGUACACACGUGGCAGUGUGAUUUGCUGCCUUCCUCCCCUCCACCCAUAUCUGGCAUUUCUCCCCAUGCUAUCUCUCCCCAACUCCCCACCCCCCACUGUCCCUCCCCUAUUCCCCCCAAUAGACCCCAGUGUGUAGUGCUCCCUUCCCUGUGUCCAUGUGUUCUCAUUGUUCAUCACCCGCCUAUGAGUGAGAACAUGCAGUAUUUCAUUUUCUGUUCUUGUGUCAAUUUGCUGAGAAUGAUGUUCUCCAGGUUCAUCCAUGUCCCUACAAAGGACAGGAACUCAUUGCUUCUGAUGGCUGCAUAAUAUUCCAUGGUGUAUAUGUGCCGCAUUUUCCCAGUCCAGUCUAUCAUCGAUGGGCAUUUGGGUUGGUUCCAGGUCUUUGCUAUUGUAAACAGUGCUGCAAUGAACAUUCGUGUGCAUGUGUCCUUAUAGUAGAACGAUUUAUAGUCCUUUGGAUAUAUACCCAGUAAUGAAAUUGCUGGGUCAAAUGGAAUUUCUAUUUCUAGGUCCUUGAGGAAUCACUACACUGUCUUCCACAAUGGUUGAACUAAUUUACACUCCCACCAGCAGUGUAAAAGUGUUCCUAUUUCUCCACAUCCUCUCCAGCAUCUGCUGUCUCCAGAUUUUUUAAUGAUCGCCAUUCUAACUGGCAUGAGAUGGUAUCCCAAUGUAGUUUUGGUUUGCAUUUCUCUGAUGACCAGUGAUGAUGAGCAUUUUUUCAUAUGUUUGUUGGCCUCAUGUAUGUCUUCUUUUGUAAAGUGUCUGUUGAUAUCCUUUGCCCAUUUUUGAACGGCUUGUUUGUUUUGUUCUUGUAAAUCUGUUUGAGUUCUUUGUAAAUUUUGGAUAUCAGCUCUUUGUCAGAUGGGUAAACUGCAAAAUUUUUUUCCCAUUCUGUUGGUUGCCGAUUCACUCUAAUGACUGUUUCUUUUGCCAUGCAGAAGCUGUGGAGUUUGAUUAGGUCCCAUUUGUCUAUUUUGGCUUUUGUUGCCAAUGCUUUUGUUGUUUUGGUCAUGAAGUCCUUGCCUACUCCUAUGUCCUGAAUGGUUUUGCUUAGAUUUUCUUCUAGGAUUUUCAUGGUGUUAGGUCUUAUGUUCCAGAUGGUCUUUAAUCCAUCUGGAGUUAAUUUUAGUGUAAGGUGUCAGGAAGGUGUCCAGUUUCUGCUUUCUUCACAUUGCUAGCCAGUUUUCUCAACACCAUUUAUUAAACAGGGAAUCCUUUCCCCAUUACUAAAUUCUUCUAAUGACUGUGAACUUAUAGAUGAAGUAUUCUUUAACAAGAUGCUGUUAAGCAUCCUUUUAGGUGUGGCACCUGGACCUCUCUUCUCAGCUUGCAUGCAGCAUACAAAUAACCUGUCCUCAUCUAUGAAAUAAUAAUGUAUAACUGUAGCAGUAUUACUAUGAAGUGCAAUGAAGAUUUAGGGGAAGAAAAGUAAAUUAUUGUUUGUUUGUCUGUUCGUUUCUUGAGAUCUAGUCUUACUCUGUCACUCACACUGUAGUACAUGGCAUGAUCUUGGCUUUCUGCAACCUCUGCCUCCUGGGUUGAAGUGAUUCUCCUGCCUUAGCCUCCUGAGUAGCUAGAAUUACAGGCAUGCACCACUACACCUGGUUAAUUUUUGUAUUUUUAGUAGAGACAAGGUUUCACUAUGUUGGCCAGGCUCAUCUUGAAUUCCGAUCUCAGGUGAUCCACUCACCUCGGUCUCCCAAAGGGCUGAGAUUAUAGAUCCGAGCCACCACAGCCAUCCAGAAGUGCAAGUUGGGAAAUUAGACGUACCUUUUUACUUGUAUGAUUACUAAUAUUUCUGAGAUUUAUAUAGCAUUUUCCGCUAUGGCUUUAGAAACCAUGCCAGUAAUUUAAAUAAAAUUUUUAUAUAUACGAAACUAGUGAUGAGAAGGAAUAUGGCAGGAACAUACAAACCAGGACAGGAAAUAGGGAAAUAGGAUGGGACAAGAAACAGGGACAAAGGACAAAGUUUAUAGUACGUCUUAGACAUUGUGCUCAUCAGGAUUUUUAAUCAAAAUUAAAAAUAAUAUCUGUAGAGCUUGCCCUGUCCUUCAGGUGUCAAACUAGUAUAGCUAGCAGUUACAGGAUUGUUAUGACACCAGUUCCGUCUUUUGAUGAUUGAUGAUACCUGCCAAUAGUCUCACUGUUUGUACAGCACUGUGAGUAUAGGAAGGUUUGAAUGGGGAAGGGGAUAUAAACCAAGGAUUAAAGUAACUGCCAGCUAGCUGAUUGACUAACUCAGACUAGAGAUAACAAUUGGCCCAGGCAGUUAGAAGACUGGUGAGCCUUUGUAGCCUAUUUGGUCACCACAUUUUUGCAUGGAAUGAUUUGGUAGCAUACAUAUUAUUUUAUAAUUAUGGGUAGGGUUUUUUUUUGCUUUUUUUUUUUUACUUCUUUGUAUGAUAUGUCUGAAGUUUAGAUAUGAACCAUAACUGUUCUUCAAAGCACUUUUUUUUUUUUCAUCUCCAACAUACCUGGAAGGUAGAGAAAAUAGUCUGGAGAAUUAAAGACUAAUGCAUUUGACCUUUCUUUCCUUCCUUUUUCCUUUUUUCCUUUCUCUCUCUCUCUCUCUGUCUGUCUCUCUCUCUCUGUUCUGAGCACACCUGCCUGUCUGCCUGUGAAGACUUACUUUGUUUUGAGAAACUGAAUUGUGCAAUUGAUGCCACACCUUAUAUACAUACUCACUUUCCAUGCUAGGUUUGUUUUCUCAGUCUCUGCAAGUGAUUUAACAGAGGGAUGUUUGAUGGGAAAGUCAAGGAAUUUCAGCAGCUCCACAGUUUGUUUCUUUCAGGGUAGCUUAUCUUGUCAAACUAAGUGCAUAAUGGGGAGAAGGGGAGAAAGGAUGGGAAAGAGAAAAGGUAAGGUGUCCCUGUUGCUCUUUGAGCAGCUAGAAAUUCUUACAGUGAAAAAUGUUCCCAUAAGUUCUUCCCAUGUUCCUUUCCCACUUUAUCCUCCUUCCCCUUUUAUUCUUUUCUUUUCUCAUCUUUUCUUAAGUCUAAUGCCAUUGUGGUUAGAAUCUGGGGGAUGGAGGGAAAAACCUCAAUAUCUCUCUACCAUUCCCUUACUUUUUCUUCCCACCUGCAUCCUUGGCUAGUCUGCAAAAACCUCAUAAUGGUUUUUGUCUCAGUUUAUCCUACAAAAAUAUGCUAUUAGCUCCUUCUAACAUGUUCUUUAGAUUCUCAGAUAUUUGAUGGCAGACCGUUUGAAGGUCCAACAGAAAUGUGGUAUUCAUGAUCCAAAGCAUGGCAUAGUUCACUAGUUUGGGAUAAUUUCCUUUGGAAAGGUCUCAUAUCUUUGAAAAACAAAAAAGACUAUUUUCAUCUUUAGGUUUAAUUUAGCUUAUUAAUUUUUGUGAAUGUGUUCUUAACUCUCUGGUUCAGAGGUUCAUUGUGGAUUAAAUGUACAGAUGAGUUAGAGCUAAGGGCUUAAACAACAGUUUAAAACAGUGGAUUCUCAACAUUUUUUUAUGUUUAUGAUUCAAAUUAAAAGUAGAUUUUAUACCAGCAUACUUGAAGGAAUUCAAAGACACUUAACAAGAUUAAGAAAUUUUUACACUGGCUAAAUCAGAAUUAAUUAUAACACAAUCAUUUUUACAGUUAUAACAAUGUCUUGCAACAUUCAGAACAGCAUCAUUGUUCAUUUCAUCCUCCUUUAGCCCUGUGUUAUUCACCAGCUGUGUGCUUCCCUGGCGGCAGUAUCUUCUGUACCUAUAAAACAGUUCUUGCAUAUUUCUGUAAGCAUAUAAUUUUUGUUGGAAGCUUGCCAAUAUACCAUAUUAUCUGCCUCUUACCUCCUACCACAAACAAGUCAUAUCUCUUCCACACUGUAUCUCAAGAUGUGUUCAUCUUAAUUUUCUAUCUAACACUGUCACCAUACUCACUAGCAGCAAAGCUAUAUUUCAGUCAGGAAACUUUCUCUAUGUAAAGGACCAGGUAGAAAAUAUUUUUUACUUUGCAGACAAUAUGGUAUCUGUUACAACUAUUCAUCUCCACUACUAUAGUGCAGAAAUCGCCAUAAAAAUACAUAGAUGAACAGCAUGACUAUGCCCCAAUAAAACUUUAUUAACAAAACAGGCACCAGAUUGGAUUUGGCCCACCAGCUGGUCUCUACUGUAUUUCCUAAGCUGAUGAAAACAAAGCAUGCUCCCAGGUUUAAGAACUGGAUUGAAGGACUAGUAUGUCACUAUACAUCAGUGCUUAUAGUGACUGUUAUUAAUUUUUGGGUAUUCUACAUCUGAUUUAAAGGGAUGACUAAGAGUUUAUUCUUAACUAAUCUGUCUAGCUCUUGUUACUAUCCUCCCAUAGUUGUAAGUAGUGGUAUAUCAUUCAUCUUCACAGAUGAGAGGAAAAGAGUGAGGAAAUUGAUUUCUAAUUCUCAUCUGUAGUCUGGCAUGAGCUCACUUUCUCUUUUUACCAACACCAUUAUGUGCAUAAUAGAUUAUUCCUUAGUAAAAUUUAGAUAGAUGAUUAUGAUUUCCAUUCUGUAAAGAAUUCAACAAUAAUCAUGAUUUUUCCCAUUUCUGCCUCCUAGCAAGUACUUGGUUCUUCUGGCAUUACUAUGUACUUUGUUUAAAUAUUAGACAGGAAAAGUUUGUAUAUACUUUAGCACUUUGGCAAUCCAGCCUUCUUGGCUAUUGUAAACUUCUGUAGAUGUUUUAUUACUGUUUCUCAUUAUAUGGAAUGAAUGUGUUUCUUCAUUCCAAGUUUUUCCUGUCUGCCCUGUUCUUGUUCUUGGUAUUAGUUCAAGUGUUAAAUCUUAAGUGCCAAUAAUAACAAACAUUCUUGCCUGCCCCUUCCUGUUAGAGAAGGUAGGGUGCUGUAGUGUGCAGGUUUUCUGCUCAUGCUGAGAGUUAGGACAAGGCAUUUAGGUGGCUUAAAUGACUGGAAAUGAACAGUAAAGUCUUCUAUCCUUUAAGUUUCCAGUUGAGGUUUUAUAUGUAAUACAGCACUCCAUAAUUCACAUGAAAAGAACCAUUUUGAUUCCAAUUCCAGUUAAUCAGGAUUUGCUGUAUGAAAUCUACUCUACAACUUACAUAAUUUGCCAAAAAAAAGAAAAGAGGCUAUAACUUUCUGGGUGGGACACAUAAACUUUUCUAUUCAGUUAUAUAAAUUGUCUUGAAUGUUUGGUCCUAUAUGUCUGAGUAUUUCCCUAUUCAAUUCUCAGGUUCACUUAGCUCCUCCAUUUAGUCCAUCAUAGUAUUUUCUAUGUCUGAGUAUCGUUAACUAACAUGUCCAUCUAGACAUGAGAAUUACAUGCUUUACCUUGGCUUCUCAAUGCAAGUAUACUUGGGGGAUACAUAGAGGAAACAGAAAGGAGCUGUAAAAUUAAAAUGUAAUUUUUUAAACUAGAGAAAGGGAGUAAUUACUGGCCUCCUCCAAGAGUACAAGGAAGUAAAGAACAAGGCUUUGUAAAAGAAAAUGUGUCACACCAACUUAAUUUCCCUCUCUCUGGCAGAGUGACAGUCUAAGAUGAUAAGGAAAACGAAACAGAUUUCAUCUAUAUGAACUCUAGAAAGACUUUUGAUUUCAUCGAACAUGACGUUCUUAUCAACAAAUUGGGAAGGUCUGGUCCAGAUCAUGUUGCAGUUAGAUGAAAGCCCCACUUGACAGAAAGCCUUCCUCUAAAAUGGGAGUUGUGAAUCCUUCUGUGUUAUUUAGACAUGAUUCAGUUCCCCUUGGAAUUCUUUUUGGACAGCAAUAUACUUAAUAGGUUGCAGUCACCAGACAAUAUAUCAAAGUGGGAAUAAGGGUAAGUGAGCAUGUCUUUAAAAGUUGUAGAACCAAACCCAGAUAAAGAAAGAUUAAAUUAAAUUAAUAUAUAGCAUUAAAAGGUUUAGGCGCCAGAAGGAAACUAAACUCAAUUCAAGAAUGAUAAUCCUGUCGCAAAUCUAGAUUCACAGAAUUGUAGAGCUAAAUACACUUUUGGUAUCAAAUUGCCCAACUUCUUCAUUUUGCAGAAGAUUGCCAGCUCAAGAGAGAAAGUUACGUGCUCAAGGCCACAUAGCUGGUUAAUUGCAGGACUGACACUAGAAUUCCUAGUUUGGUAUUCUUUUUUACUACAAACUGUUCCUAUUGAUUAAAAAAAUUCUUUUGAGGCAUAUUUCACAUAUCAUAUGACUCACCCAAGUAUACAAUUUAGUAUUUUUUUUUUGUAAAUUUACCAAGUUGUGCAGUUACCAACUUUCAAGCGAUUUUAGAACAUUUCCAUCACCCCAGUAAGAUUUUUAUGUAAUUAACUAUUAAUUCCUGUCACUACUUAUGUCCUAGCCCUAGGCAACCCCUAAUCAACUUUCUAUCUCUAUAAAUUUGCUUUUCUGGACAUUUUAUAGAAAUGAAAUUAUAUAAUGUAUGUCUUUGUGUCUGGCUUCUUUCACUUAGCAUAAUGUUUUAAGGUUUAUCUAUCUUGUAGCAUGUAUCAGUCAUCAUUUUAUUGCUGA